CACCAUCCUCUACUAUGAUCCAAAUCCACAAAAAAACUAAUACAAACUACAGAAAAUGGAGAGCACACAGAAAGUUUUAAGCUUGUUGGUAUUAUGUUUCCUUAUGGGAACAAUGUUAGUGAGUGCUCAGAGUGCAACUAAUGUUAGAGCAACAUACAAUAAUUACAAUCCUCAGAAUAUUAAUUGGGACUAUAACACUGCCAGUGUAUACUGUGCUACAUGGGAUGCUAAUCAGCCUUUGUCUUGGCGUAGCAAAUACGGUUGGACUGCCUUUUGUGGACCCGCUGGACCUACAGGAAGAGAUUCUUGCGGCAAAUGUUUAAGUGUGACAAAUACUGCAACUGGAGCUCAAGCAACCGUGAGAAUAGUGGAUCAAUGCUCUAAUGGAGGGUUGGACUUAGAUGUGAAUGUCUUCAAUCAAAUUGAUACAAAUGGACAGGGUUACCAAAAUGGCUAUCUUACAGUUAACUAUAGCUUUGUUAAUUGUGGUGAUUGAUUCAUUCAUUCAUUCUGUUGUAUGAAUGGAUCACUCUUUGUAAUAAGAUCGAUGUGGUACCACUUCCUAAUAAUACCAUAAAUAAAAUUAAUAAGUGGUGCUAAAAGUACUUUGUAUACUUAAUUGGAUCAAAUUAUUGAUAAAUCUAUACUUGUUUCAUCUA